AGUAGAACACACCCCUGCCGCAGUACUAUAAAUUACCUCUCCGAUAACAUCCAACCUGCAAUACUUAACACAACUAUACUUCGGUAAACAAACCGUCCUUCUCAUUUUAUUAAGCACAAAUCCCUACCGCAAUACUUAAAGAAGAAAAGUUCGGUUCAAUUAACAGUUAUUUUGUACCUUGCCGUGCGGAAUCCUUUACCGAUUACUGUUUUUGGAUUCAACACCGAAGAUCUCCUAAUCCUUAAAAUUUAAAUUAAUAUCAAUAACGUCAAUUUGACGUAAAACUAUAUAAACGAGAUCAAUUGUUCUUCAAAUUACUCUGUUUUCUCUUUUUCGAACUCAUUAAUUGAAUCUAAUCAGUUAAACUCUAUAUAAAUAAUAAAUAAAUCAAUCAUGGCUUCUUUACCUCCAAGUGCUUGUUGUGCCGUUAAAUUCGAUCAUGAAGGUGAAUCAGUUGGUACUUUAAAAACCGUUGCUGGUUUACAUUCUUAUGUUACUGGUGAAUCAUAUGGGGUUGAAAAAGUUAUUAUUAUUCUUAGUGAUAUUUUUGGUCUUGCCUUAAAGAAUAAUUUAUUACUUGCUGAUCAAUUAUCUGCUUUAGGUAAAAUUCAAGUUAUUAUUCCUGAUAUUUUAGGUGGUGAUGGUGUUGAAUCAAUUGAAAAAUUCGAUAGAACAACCUUUUUCGCUGCUCAUGGUCCUCAUGUUACUACUCCUCUUGUUAAUGAAUUCUUAAAGACUUAUCGUGAAGAAUUCAAACCAAAGACUCUUUUUGGUAUUGGUUAUUGUUUUGGUGCUUAUUUCACUAUUGAAAAUCUUUCCAAAGAUGGUUUAUUAGAUGCUGGAGCUGUGGCUCAUCCAUCAAUGGUUUCAAAAGAACUCAUUGAAAAUCUUGCUAAACCACUUUUAAUCUCCAGUGGUGAAGCUGAUGCUGCUUUCACUCCUGAGUUAAGAGAAUUAACUAUUAAAAUCUUAUCUGAAAAGAAAGAUCUUAGAUGGCAAUUAGAUUUAUUCCAAGGUGCUUAUCAUGGUUAUGCUGUUAAAGGUGAUAUUUCAGUUCCUUUAAUUAAGUAUGCUAAAGAAAAAACCGUCAUUGAUCAAAUCUAUUGGUUUGGUCAAUUUUAGAUAAUUUGAUAUAUAUCUCUUUCUAGCUCUAGUUUCUAUAUAGAUUUUAUUACAUUUA